GCCGCUGCCGCCGCCGCCGCCGCCGCCGCCUCUCCGCCAUCCGCAGCAGCGCAACGGUCUCGGGGCCCGGGCGAGAUGGAGAGCGCCAGCCAGGAUAUCAACCUUAACUCUCCCAACAAAGGUCUGCUGUCCGAUACAAUGACGGAUGUGCCUGUGGAUAAUGCCAGUGCUGCUGCUGCCCCUCCUCCUCCAAGGGCCUCGUCCUACAAUGGACUCACUGAAGCUGAGGAAGAGGAGCUCAAGUCUGAGUUGGCCAAGGUGGAAGACGAAAUUGGCACCCUGCGCCAGGUGUUGGCCGCCAAAGAGAGACACUGUGGAGAACUGAAGAGAAAACUGGGAUUGACCCCCUUGGAUGGCCUGAAGCAAAACCUCUCGAAAAGCUGGCAUGACGUCCAGGUCUCCAACGCUUAUAUGAAAACCUCUGAGAAACUGGGAGAGUGGAAUGAGAAAGUGACCCGGUCGGACCUAUAUGUUUCGGCCAGCAGCACACUGGAGGACUGGAAUGAGAAAUUAACCCAAUCAGACGCCUACAAGAAGACGCAGGAAACGCUGUCGCAAGCAGGACAGAAGACUUCAGCUGCCCUUUCCAACGUGGGCUCCGUGAUCAGCCGGAAGCUUGGAGAUAUGAGAAACUCGGCAACCUUCAAAUCUUUCGAAGAUCGAGUUGGAACCAUAAAGUCCAAAGUGGUGGGCGGCAGAGAUAACGGCGCCGACGAACUCAACUCCCCGUCAGCAUCUGGCGACAAGCCCCCCCAGGACCACGCACCUUUCUAAGUCUACGGCACGGUGGUGCUGGGCUGCCAGAGCCCUGCCCCUUGCUCUUCCCAUCAUGCAACAGCAAAAGAAAACGGCGGGGCACAGCUCCCGCUCUGAAGAGAGAGAUCCACCCACCAUCAUAACGUAGACCCCUUUUUCUUUUCUUUCUUUUUUUGCUGCUGGAUUCUUCAGGUCCAAUAAAGUGAACACACCGUUU